GUCGGGCUAUACAACCUUUCCCAAGUAGGAACUGGCGGCAACCAAUACAGUGCGACCGUCGUCAACUUUGGGACCGCCUCAUUUGCAUUGUCCUUAGUCCUCAAUUUCGUCGUGACAUCUCUGAUCGCUGGGCGAAUCUAUCAUCUAGCUCGGAAGCACAAGGAUAUUGUGCCUAUGCGUCAUACGAGACAGUAUAUGAACAUUAUCAUCAUCCUUAUCGAAUCUGGUGCUGUCUUCUGCUUUGCUCAGGUCGUUUUUGUGACUCUCUGGGCGAUUCGGAGCAAUGCUCAUUGGAUAGGCGCCAAUCCAGCGUCCCAGAUAUACUGCAUCGUUCCGACACUGAUCAUAGUUCGAGUUGGCUUGGGUGUAUCUACGGAG